AUGAGCGAUAUCAAAAACAUUAUCAAAAAUGCGAUGAUGGCCUGCCCAGUCGAAGAAGCCGCAAACUUCACCGCAAGACUGAAGACUCUCCGGCAGUCAUGCAUAAGCAGCCUUUUGGAGCUUAGGCACUUCCCCGAUGUGAUCUGGCAGCCAUCUGAUGGCCCCGGCGAGAAUCCUGCGAACGAAGUUGAUCGGAUCCAGCUAAAGCUCGUGAUCGAAGUGACCUGGCGUGACAACAAACCGGACUUCCCGCCUGCCAACACCCGACUAUCUGAUGAACUGGUCUACCUGGCUGUCAAGUACAUUCCUGCCAAGGCGCGUGGUUCGUACUGGCCCUACGACUUCACGGUCCAGGGCGACAUCCGCACUAAUCGUGUGCCAUCUGGCCCGCCGGUUAUUGUUUGGGCUCAUGGCCUGCCGUUCUUCCCUGUUUACCGUGGUUACUACAUCCUCACUGGCCGCGAGCAUGCUCGAUACAUUGGCUGGAAGCUGCGUGUCAAGGAUUGGGGCAUGUGCAAGCAUGCCGCCAUCUGGUCCAUCGGGGCGGUCCUUGCUCCCGCUUCUGCAGUGGCUCUGCCUCGCAGUCUCGAUCGCCAGCUGCGACUCCACACGCCGAGCAUGAAAGAGCUGCCUUCGCCCUGGGAGAAGGACCUUCACCCUGAUUACAUGGCUUCUCGACACCACCUGUGUGCUGUCCUGCCCCGAGGUGCUGGUCAUGCUUUUAUCUUUCCGCUGUGCAAGUUUCAAGGCUACCAUGUGACCUGUGGUCCGCACCCGCACGAUGGUUUUGGUACGGCCCAGAUGAAGAAGGAUUACUUCCAGGAGUGGGUCGAGGGCUUUGACUUUCAGACUAUGGUCGACAAGCCUUAUGUCAAUGAGACUGUACCCUGGCCUCUUGGAUAUGAGAUGGAACCAGAGCAAGAGGAGGAUCCGCAUGGUCCGAUCACGGUGCUAGGAGGAACUCUUGCAGACAACAACAUCAAGAACCAAGGCAAGGAAGAUGGUAACAGGUUUUCACAGGAGGGUUGUUCACAGGAGAAUGCCGUGAACGCCCUGAUUAAGAUGGAGCUCAGCGAUAUGAUUUGGCCUGCUACGGAAUCUGAGCCAGAGCAGGCCAAGAACGAAGACAAUGAAGAUGGCGACAACCAUGCACAGGAGAAGGAUGCCAUCAAUGCCUUGAGUGAGAAGCAGAUCCACGAGAUGGAUUGGGCUGCUACGGAACCCAAGCCUGAGCCAGACCAGGAGCAGCGCAUGCCGAACAUCAUCGACGACUACAUCGCCGAUGACAUCGCCAACGACAUCGCCAGCGCCCUCCAGUCUCAUGUCUCGAUUACCAAGCGCCGCGACUCAAUGCCUUCAUCCGUUGCCAGCGCCAGCCCCCUUCCUUCUUCUCUUCUUUCUCCUCCUUUCCAUCCUUCUCUUCCCUCUUCCCUUUCCAACUCCACCUCUUUUGCUCCCACCUUCUCCGUCGACUAUCCCGUGGCCACUCCCGUCAAUCUGCUCGCUCAGCCCGUCGCUGUCCAGUCUGCUGACAACGACCAAGAGUCUUUCUCUUUCACCGACUACCUCAACUUCACGCCUGAAAACGCGACCCCCGAGCCAACUCCCGAGGCUCCUGCUCAAGAUACUGUCGAUAUGGGCAACCAGAUCAGUAUCGAGUCCACCGACGGCGCCGGUGAUAGUCGGUCCACAGUGAUCGACACAGAGGGCCUUAUCCGCCUGCAGCUCGCCAAUCCUGCCGCUCAGUCUGUCCUUCUUGCUGCUACUCAGUUGGCCCACGCUGGUACCACCCCCCAGGCCACCAUCCACCUGCAGAUCGGCCACUCCGGGGCUCGGCGUCUCGUUGCCGCUGCUCGGGCGGCCAUCGCUGCUUCCAACAUCCGGAUCAUUACCCACGCGCCCCCUGGUGCCACCACUCUUGCCAAUGCGCAGGCCACCGCACAAGUCCCGGCCCCGGGCCAAGUGCCUUACCUGCCGCUGCAUGUCCAGGCCUCCAAUCUAGUCUACAUGAACAAGCGCACUAUGACAUCCAACUUCGGCGCCAUGUUCAUGCACCACUACCCAGGCACCCACCAGCUGUUCCGCAACAUGAUGCUGAUCUACCACGGCGGCAGGGCGAAGCACCGUGCCCGUGAUGCCGGCGACACCAACGAGCAGUCCAGUGCCCACGCGCUGAGCCUGCUGAACCUUGACAUCAAGAACACACACGUCCGGAUUCUGCACGACCUCGUCCUCUUCCGUCCCAAGGGUGUUGCGCACGCCAUCAUGGACUUCUACGACAAGACGGGCUUUCUCCAGACCGCGUACCCGCAGCUGUAUCUUGAGCUGCCUCCCAACAUCAUUCUUCGGCCUGGCUUCUCGCUGGAUGACCUGCCUAUGGAGGAUCUCUUCCUGUCCGUCGUUGCUUCUAACCGGUCUGUGUAUGCUCGGGUGAUUCUCCCCGCUCAGCCGGGUCUGACCUAA